CGAAGGGUGGCUUCCAGGUGGAGGCGGAAGUGCUGUCGCCAUGACGGGCCGGGGAACGUCGAGCCGCUUCCUCGCCAGCGUCCUGCGCAACGGGCUGGGCCGCUACGUCUGCCAGCUGCAGCGCCUCAGCCUCGUCUUCAGCCCGGCCUCGCCCAGCUCGCGCGGCGCCAGGGACUACGUGGAAGAGAAGGUGGUGGAUUUCGCCAGAAGCAACCCGGGCAUCAUGGUGUACGUGAACCCCAAGAACUGCCGAGGCCCCACCGUGGUGGCUGAGUAUUUGAACGGCACCGUGCGGGAGGAGUCCGUCGCCAACCAGACGGCCGAGGAUAUCACCCAGCUCAUCUGCAAGCUGGCCAACCAGUCUGGGCUGGAGCUCAUCCGCAUCCGCAAGCCUUUCCACACCAACCACCCCAGCAUCCAGGGCCAGUGGCACCCCUUCACCAACAAGCCCAGCGGGCUAGGCCUGCAGACCCUACACCGGGUGCACCGACCAGGCUUCCCACCCCCGGAAUAAACCACGGGGCUGGA